CACACCCUACGUCUUCCUUCUCCCUCGGAACCUCUCUCACGAAAGCGCUCAUCAACCUCCGCUCCUGGCUGCGUUGUGGCCACCACCGGCAUCUCAGGAAUGGCGGCAGCAAGAGUGCAGCCUCCGCUCAACCCACGAGCGGCGUCGCCUUCCACGGCAGUCCCCGCCUCCAACACUCAAAGCCUACAGAGCACGCCCAUCCACAGUUCCACCCCUUCCGUCCGCGCACUGUUCCUCCGCGCCGUGGACCCCUCCCGUCCUGCCUCCUGGUCCGCCGCCGUCGCCGACCUCCUUGCUUCCGGAGACGCCGUCGCCGCUCUGGCCACCUUUGCCGCCGCUCUCCGCGCUAACCCGGCCGCGCUCCUCCCGGCCCUUCCCCCCGCCUUCCGCGCAGCUGCCGCCGCCACCUCCCUCGCCGCCGGCCGCCAGCUACACCUCCUUGCCCUCCGUUCCGGCCUCUUUCCCUCUGACCCCUUCUCCGCCUCCGCUCUUCUCCACAUGUACCACCACUGCUGCCGCCCGCUCGACGCCCGUAAGGCGUUCGAUGAAAUUCCCAGCCCCAACCCCGUCAUUAUCACGGCCAUGUGCUCUGGCUACCUGCGAAACAAUCUAGUCUACCCCUCGCUUUCUCUCUUCCGCGACUUGCUCGCGUCUGGUUCUGCCAUGGCGGUGGACGAGGCGGCUGUGCUUGUGGCGUUCUCCUCGUCGGCCCGUGUCCCUGUCCGCGGAAUUACUGCUAGCCUUCAUGCGCUUAUUGUGAAGAUUGGCUUGGACGUGGAUGCUGGGGUGGUCAACACGAUGUUAGACGCUUAUGCCAAAGGCGGUGGUCGUGACCUGCCGGUUGCGAGGAAGGUGUUUGAUACCAUGGAGAAGGAUGUGGUGUCCUGGAAUACGAUGAUUGCGCUGUAUGCUCAGAAUGGGUUGUCGGCGGAGGCCCUGGAGCUGUAUGGCAAGAUGCUGAAUGUUGGUGGAGGCAUUAGGUACAAUGCUGUGACGUUCUCUGCUGUGUUACUGGCUUGCGCACAUGCUGGGACGAUACAGACUGGAAAACGCAUUCAUAAUCAGGUGGUAAGAAUGGGUUUGGAGGAAAAUACCUAUGUUGGAACUUCUGUAGUUGAUAUGUACAGCAAGUGCGGAAGAGUGGAAAUGGCAAGAAAGGCUUUCGGCAAAAUUAAGCAGAAGAAUGUCCUGUCAUGGUCUGCCAUGAUUACUGGUUAUGGUAUGCAUGGUCAUGGACAAGACGCCCUUGAAGUUUUCAAUGAGAUGUGCAGAUCGGGGCAAAACCCUAACUACAUAACUUUUAUCUCUGUUUUAGCUGCUUGCAGUCAUGCUGGUCUUUUAGAUAUGGGCCGUUAUUGGUACAAAACCAUGAGGAAUAAGUUUGGGAUUGAACCUGGAGUGGAACACUACGGAUGCAUGGUGGAUCUUCUUGGCCGUGCCGGUUGUCUUGAUGAGGCUUAUGGCCUCAUUAAAGAAAUGAAGGUUAAACCUGAUGCUGCUAUCUGGGGAGCUCUUCUUAGUGCAUGCCGAGUCCAGAAAAAUGUUGAGCUGGCAGAAAUUUCUGCGAAAAGAUUGUUUGAGUUAGAUGCGACCAACAGUGGGUACUAUGUUUUAUUGUCCAAUAUAUAUGCAGAAGCUGGAAUGUGGACAGAUGUGGAGAGAAUGAGAGUUCUGGUUAAAACAAGAGGAAUAGAAAAACCUCCAGGGUAUAGCUCAGUUGAAUUGAAAGGUAAAACCCAUGUGUUUUAUGUUGGCGACACGAGUCAUCCUCAGCACAAGGAGAUCUAUUCUUAUCUGGGGAAACUGCUUGAGAUAGCGCAAAAAGCAGGCUAUGUACCAAACACGGGUUCUGUUCAUCAUGAUUUGGAUGAAGAGGAGAAAGAAUCUGCGUUGCGCAUCCACAGUGAAAAGCUUGCUGUUGCUUUUGCUCUGAUGAACUCUGUCCCGGGUUCAGUAAUCCAUGUGAUAAAGAAUCUCCGGGUCUGUACUGAUUGCCAUGCAGUAAUCAAGUUUAUUUCCAAGUCCGCUGAACGAGAAAUUAUUGUUAGAGAUUUACAGCGCUUUCAUCAUUUUAAGGAUGGAUCAUGCUCUUGUGGAGAUUAUUGGUGAUAGGGUCGUGCAAGAGGGCUGAGGUCGUGAUACCAUCUUCGUUGUCCGUCAUACCACCAUUGUAUUAUGUACAUGCCAAUUUAUUUCCAAGACAUAUUGUUACACCUCAUCUCGAUUAGGCUAAUGACAUCGCCUUGCUGCCCUGAAUACUGGGAACUUAGAAGAUUUUAUAGCUUGGCAUAAAUAAAAAAAUUACGCCUUUUCUGUAAGAUCUGCAUACUAUAAUGAAUGGCACAACAAGUUGGUUCAAGGAGACGUCGAUCGGAUGGACAAGGCAGCUCGAGGCUGAACCCAGUAUGGGAGAUCUCCUAUGGAACUUACAUGUCCCCAGCAAGGUAUUGUUUCCUAUGGAGGGCUCUUCACAGUGUGAUACCGGGGAUGAUUGUUCUUGCAGGUAGGCAUAUCAAGACCUCACCCCAAUGUCCCAUCUGCUGCUGGGGAGCCAAGGAUAUAAAGCACAUGAUGUUCACGGGAGGCGUGGCAUGCGAGGAAGGUUUGGCAAGCGCAGGGACUUGAGGUGUUCAUCAAACAAGCAAUGCAGAUUGAUCGAUCACGGGUCAGUGAUGCUUGAGGAAACUUUGAGGAGUACUGUCAAACAUUCAGCGUUUAUGGGUCGGUAUGGUGUACAGGAGACGAUCGCCGUAGGGGCAUGGUAUAUCCUGUGGCAGCGACGGGAGGUUGUUAAUCGAGGAGAGGUGGAACCUGCUCAGUCAACUGUGUUUGCAAUUCAGGCUAUUGGCGCGAACUAUGCAAAAGCUCUGAACAGUUCACAACCAGUCCUGAUACGAUGAGGGAAGCCUCAUGGAAUUAUUAUAAACUGAAUGUGGAUGCAUCAUCAUCAUACUUUUUGAAAAUGGAACAGGGGCAGUGGCUGCCGUCCUCCGCAAUGAUCAUGGUGAACCGGUCGCUGGGUUCUUGAUCACAUGUUGGACUCGGCCACGGUGGAGGCGACCGCUACCCAGAAGGGCCCGGAGCCCCGGAACUGGUUGAAAACUUGGGAUGUAACACCAUCAUCGUCGAGUCUGACCGCCUGGAAGUGAUUCAAGCAUGCAACGGUUUGUUUGGUCAAGGUAUGGAAGUGAUUAUGUUUAAUUCUUAUUCUCAUGUGUAUUGGGACGAUGAACCCCUUAGCUAUGUUUUAUCCAAUGAUAAACGUGUACUGGUACCUGAUCGACUGAAGUCCACCAAGUGGCUUCCCUAAAGAAAGAACUGUUUGUCAA